GACAAAACCCUUUGUAAAUUCUAAAUUAUGAAAAAGGCCUCAGACUCUCAGGUCAGCUUCCUAAGAGGAAUCGCCCACAACUUUAAUACGAAGAGAGUGAGAGCGCAACGCGAAGCAGCAGCCAACCAGAGCAACCAUCAAUGGCGAUCGCCUUCUGCUUCAAUCCCUCCCUCUCUCUUCUUCCUCUCCCCAAAUUCCAACCCCACCGUCCAUUUGCCUCCUCCUCUUCCUCGCCUGUGAUAAAUCUCGGACUCACUGUAUCACCCGCUCCCGCCCUCCGCCACCACCGGAACCUCUUCACGCCUUUCUCCAUCCCUAAUGAUGCCGUUUUGAGCGGCGGAGAUGACGGAGACGAUGGAAAAAAGAACAAAAAUAACGGUAACAACGGUAACAAUGGCGGAGGAGGCUGGGGAGGAGCUGAGAAUGCGGGGGACAAGAACAGGGAGGAGGCGAUCAUGGUGCUAGCGGAGGCGGGAAGGCUCUUGGAGAGCUUGCCCAAGGACCUGAGGGCCGCGAUCGAGGCCGGUAAGGUCCCCGGGUCCGUGGUCGAGAGGUUCUUGGAGCUCGAGAAGUCGGGGCUGUUCCGCUGGUUGAUGCAGUUCGGUGGAUUCAGGGAGCGCCUCUUGGCGGACGACCUCUUCCUCGCCAAGGUUGGGAUCGAGUGCGGCGUCGGAAUCUUCACUAAGACUGCUGCAGAGUAUGAACGUCGCAGAGAGAAUUUUUUCAAUGAGCUGGAAAUUGUAUUUGCAGAUGUGGUAAUGGCCAUAUGUGCAGAUUUUAUGCUUGUUUAUCUUCCUGCCCCUACUGUUUCUCUACGUCCACCACUGGCAAUUAGCGCAGGAGCAAUUGCCAAGUUCUUCCAUAACUGUCCUGAUAAUGCAUUCCAGGUUGCCCUUGCUGGAACAUCAUAUUCAUUUUUGCAGAGAUUAGGGGCAGUAUUGCGUAAUGGGACAAAGCUUUUUGCAGUUGGCACAGCUUCAUCACUGGUGGGGACAGCUGUUACAAAUGCAUUGAUCAAUGCAAGGAAAGCUGUUGAUAAGUCUUCUCCAGUUGAAGUGGAAAAUGUGCCUAUACUAUCCACAAGUGCUGCAUAUGGUGUCUAUAUGGCAAUAUCUAGCAAUCUCCGAUACCAAGUCUUAGCCGGUGUUAUUGAACAGCGGAUUCUGGAACCCUUGUUACACAAGCACAAACUUAUGCUAAGUGCCAUUUGCUUCGCCGUUCGGACAGGGAACACAUACUUGGGUUCAUUAUUGUGGGUGGAUUAUGCUCGUUGGAUAGGAAUACAAUAAUGCCCGGAAGCAAAAUCGCGGUUGCAUUUCUCAUUUGAUUGAAUUUCGCUCCAUUAUAAAACCGUUCAUGAUUCAUGAAUUAUGUGAAUUGAUGUUGAGUUGGGUGUUUUCCGGAUAAUUUACAGGCCUCUAAACUGUGCAAGCUGAGCUGACAGUUUGUAUUAGAGAUGCUUUUUCUCAUAGGUAACUCUGUUUUCCUUGCAAAGAACUCUACCACCUUAGCAAGGCUCAGGCAAGGUAGGUAGAAUUUUCACCCCAGAAAUUAGGACUUGCAUCAAAGGUACCGUGAAACAAAUAAAUCUGCUCAAAUGGAGUGGCGUUUGGAAUUUA